UAGACACAUUCACACUAUAAGAACUAUAAGGCAGCCGUACAUAUUAUUUAUUUAAAAUGGGUUCAAAUUAUGGUAACUGGAAUGCCCGACAGAACAAAUUGUUCGAGAAUGCGCUAGCCAUGUAUGGCGAGGAAACGACCGACAGGUGGCAAAAGAUGGCGAGGUUCAUCGGCGGCAAUAAGACGGCCGAGGAUGUGAAGAGACAUUACGAUUUGCUCGUCGAUGAAGUCAGCCAGAUCGAAUCCGGCCAAGUCCCUCUUCCAAACUACAAGCAGAAGCCCUCCGCCAGCGGCCAACCCCACCAGCAGGAACAAAUGAUGAGGUAUCUUAAACUCCAGUAAGUCACUCAUAAGAGUAACACAGAUGCAUACAACAAUUAAUAUAUUUGUUAAGGAUGCUAGAUUUAAUUAUGUUUAAUAUCAACUGAAGUUCAAAUAACGGAAACUGAUUAAAGUUUCUUUUCUAUUUUUCUUAUUUUUUCCCCCUUUUUUUUCUUCUUCUUCUGGAUCGAUCGUUUCUCAAUUUUUAGUCUCGUUAAUCUUUUGUCUAAGGUUGUAAGUUUAAAGCUCCUGUAUAUGUAAUUUAUUAAUAGAUUAAAUCAAUGUGUCCUAAGUCUAUCUCUA